AACCAUAGAAGAAGAAGCUGGAGAGAUGUUCCUGUGCGUUCAGGAGAGGAGAAGGAUGGUCGUUCGGGACUCUCAGUCGACCUCCUCGUUGACUCUUAGCUCUUGGCUUUACCAUAAGGGAUCGCCAAACUAGAUGAAGCUUGCGGCCGGAAUAUGCUUUUUCCAUAGCAAUAGGUCUCUUAGGGAGAUGAAGAAAUCAACUUGCUCGCUGCCUCUGCUUCUGCUAUCCAUCCUCUGUUCCUUUUUUCUUCCUUACGUGGUUCGCUCUGCAUCUCCCGUCAAAUCCGUUAUCCUUCUGAACUGUGGUGCCUCUUCUGACGCUUUUGAUGCUGACAAACGUGGGUGGAGUAACGACUCCACUGCACCCUUUGGUCCUUCAAAUUCACAAUAUUCUUUCCCUGCCGAAGCUUCCAAUGCCGACUUGUCUUUACUCGCUUCUAGUGUUCCUUACAAAACUGCUCGCAUCUUCACUUCUGCUGUCUCCUACAACUUCACUCCGCUUUCUAAGGUUCGUCAUUUCGUGCGGCUCCACUUCUUCCCUGCUGUGUACCUUGAUCGGAAUCCCAGCAAUGCCUUCUUCUCUGUCAAAGCCGGGCCUUACACUCUGCUCAGCAACUUCAGCCCCGCCAUCACUGCCUCUGCCCUCAAUCAGGCCUACAUCAUGCGUGAGUUCUUUGUCACCAUCCCCUCUGGCUCCCUCACCCUCACAUUCACUCCCUCACAAAGCACCUCCGAUUCAUUCGUUUUCAUCAAUGGCAUAGAGAUCGUGUCUUCACAAGAACUGUUCCUUUCCGGUGCCUCCACUGUUCCUACCAACCAAAUCUUCCCCAUACGUGAUUCCGAUGCAUUGCAGACUGUCGUUCGGCUAAAUGUAGGGGGAGCUUAUGUUCCCCCCACCUCUGAUUCUGGCCUCUUCCGAACUUGGUAUGAUGAUGUUCCGUUCGUCUUUGCUGCUGGUUUGGGAGUGUCUUACCCCCGUGAUCCCAACGUAAGCAUCCAGUACUCAGACGCUUUCCCGAGGUACAUUGCUCCAGUAGACGUGUAUGGCACUGCUCGCUCAAUGGGGCCUACUGCCUCUGUGAAUUUGAACUACAACCUCACUUGGUCCAUUGCAGUCGACAAUGGAUUCCGCUACUUGGUCAGACUCCAUUUCUGUGAGAUACAGUCAGAGGUCUCCCAAGUGAACCAGAGGGCAUUCAACGUGUACAUGAACAAUGUGACUGCAGAUCCUGGAUUCGAUGUGAUUCUUUAUGCAAAGAGCAAAGUUCAAGCUCCCCUGUAUACUGGUGUGGCUGUGUAUAAAGACUACAUGGUAUUGGUGCCUUCACAGAGUAGCAAACAAAGCGAUUUGCUGAUUGAUCUCCAUCCAGAUGUUGAUGUCAGACCGUAUUAUGCUGAUGCGAUUCUUAAUGGGCUUGAAGUGUUCAAGAUCAAUGAAUCAUCUGGUAACCUUGCUGGACCAAAUCCAGACCUCCCGCCGGCGUUUCCACCUGAGAAGAGUCCUACUUCUUCCUCUCGUCGGCAAGGUGGUGGUCACAAACUUGUAGUUGCAGGUGCAGCAGGUGGCGUCGCUCUGGCGCUUGUUGUCGGUGCUUGCCUCUGUUGCUUGUUGUGCAGGCACCAACAGAAGAAAAAGGAGAAAAUGAGUGGUGAUGAUGGGACCAAGUGGAUGCUAUCAUCGCCCUACGUGCAAGAGAGAAAUGGGAAGUCGAUCGUCUCUUCAGCGGAGAAGAGCGACGCCUUUCUGAGCAAUGCCUCUAAUGCUUAUUGCCGACAUUUCACAUUCUCUGAGAUUGUUGCGGCCACCAACAACUUCGACGAGGCUCUCCUUCUAGGGACUGGUGGUUUCGGCAAGGUCUACAAGGGCGAGAUCGAUAGUGGCACCAAAGUUGCCAUUAAAAGGGGGAGCGAGCUCUCGCAGCAGGGCGCUCAUGAAUUCCAGAACGAGAUCGAGAUGCUUUCGAAGCUCCGCCAUAGGCACAUGGUCUCCUUAAUCGGCUAUUGUGAGGACAGCUCCGAGAUGAUUCUGGUUUACGAGUACAUGGCCCAUGGCACUCUCUGUGAACACCUUUACGGCAAAAAAAGGUCACCAUUGUCUUGGAGACAAAGGCUCGAGAUAUGCAUUGGUGCGGCUAAGGGGCUGCACUAUCUUCACACAGGAGCCAAGCGCACCCUUAUACACAGAGAUGUGAAGUCCACCAACAUUCUCCUCGAUGAGAAAUGGGUGGCGAAGGUCUCUGAUUUCGGCCUCUCGAGAAUGGGCUCGGAGAAGGAUGAUUCCCAUGUGAGCACAGUGGUGAAGGGCACAUUUGGAUAUGUCGAUCCAGAGUACUACCGCCUGCAGCAGCUCUCUGAGAAAUCUGAUGUCUACUCUUUUGGAGUGGUUUUAUUUGAGGUUCUCUCUGCUCGUCCUGCACUUGAUAGGUCACGCCCCACCUUGCAGGUGAGCUUGGCCGAAUGGGCGCUCCGCUGCCUGAGGAAAGGCGUGAUUGAACAGAUCGUUGAUCCCUUCCUGAGAGGGAAGAUCGCAACUGAGAGCCUGCGCAAAUAUGCUGAGACUGCAGAGAGAUGUUUGGCUGACCAGGGAACCGAUCGUCCAACCAUGGCGAAUGUGCUCUGGAACUUGGAAUUUGCUCUCAGCUUGCAGACGAGUGCAGAGGAGACGGAUGAGAAGGGAAUGGCUGCUGGUUUUGUUGACAGCUUGGAUGAUCAGAUUCAGGAGGCGCUGCCUUUUGCCAAGGUGAAGAGGUCUGAUGACGACAUUAAUUGUCUUACUCCUGAUACCAUGACGAGCAGCACAAGCUUUGGAGGCGGGAGCUCCACCACUAUGGAUUCAGAGAAGAUGCACCCAAGUGCAGUUUUCUCUCAGAUUAUGAAUCCAAAUGGGCGGUAAUCUUAGUAUUUUGUUGAUCUUAUACUAGUUAUAUUGAAGUUUCAGAAGGAUAUUCAUUCUUCUUAUCUACUUCCAAUUACUGCCACGGACAAGGGAAAAUUUGAAGAUUGAAAUUACCAAUUUGAUCACCUAAUGAGCAAGGGGAGUUGCAGAGGAACUGCAACACGCCAUGGUGGCUCCGGUUAUGGCUUUGCCUAUGUAACCUUUGACUGUAGACCUUUUCCUGUUGCAUUAAUGUAUUUUACCAUGAAUUCAGCUGCAGGAGGAAAUAAAAAUAGACACCCUUCUACUGUCUCUCCUCCAUCCUGCCACCUCACAAAUGUAGCCGGCUACCAAUAAAUUCAUAGAGCAAUAUAACUCUGAUGUUUGUACGUCUUCUUUAGUUUUUCUCCUGUGACAAUGAUCAAUGAGAUUCUGAAAUUGCCUUACUUGACAUGGACUCUUUCUUUGUCAGGUUUGUAUUUGGAUAAUGGUCAGAGUACCUGCUUUUCA